GCUUGGCCGUUUGCUAUAAAAGCCUGAUCUUCGGAAGCAGGCAGCAUCAGUCAUCUUUCUGAGUAUCUCCCAAAAACAACCAACCACUCAAAAUGUUCAAAUACGUCGCCGUCAUUGCCCUCCUGGUUGCUUCCGCCAGCGCUGGUCUGAUCGAGACCCACCAUGUGGUGCACGAGCCCGUCCUCGCCAAGGUUGGAGCUGUUGUACACUCUGCCCCAUCCGCCGUAUCUCACCAGAGCAUCACCCAGGUGCACAGCAAGGCCGUCGUCCAGCCCGUGGUAGCUCCCGUCCUGAAGACCACCAUCCACUCCGCCCCUGCCGUCGCUGUCCACGCCGCUCCUCUGGUUCACUCAGUUCCUGUGGUGCACUCUGCCCCAGUGGUUCACUCCGUGCCAGUGGUUCAUUCCGCCCCCGUUGUCCACUCCGUACCAGUGGUGCACUCUGCUCCUCUCAUCAAGUCCGUCCUGCACCCAGCUCCUCUGGCCUACACCCUCCACCAUUAAGGGCUUUUUGUGAUACAGUAUUACCCUUUUUUGUUUUUGAAUAAAUGUUUUUCGUUUCGCCAUAACAAGUUAA